UGUUCGGCACAUUCAUCGAUAGAUCGUCGAGUGAUUAAGUACGUGUAAUUGAGAGAGCUACAGAACAGUUUUAUCGCAUUUUCAGGUCAACAUUUGUUUCCAAUAUGGACGCUUCAUUACUAGAUGUGUCGAAUACUUGUUUGAGUUAUCUUGAUUCACCUGAAAGCUUGUAUUCAAGUCAAGAUGGUAGUGAGAAAGUUGAGGAAAACCGAUUUUUCCCUCAAGACAGCCCAGCAAAUAAUUAUCCAGCAUUAGAUACUGUGAUGGGGGAAUCUAUUAUGUUAUCUAAUUUCCAAGACAACAUUUCACUUGAUGCCUUUUCCAACUCGCCUGGCACACCAAUGAGUACAUCGACUGAUUCCACAGACAUGUCCCUACCAAACAGUCCGUCUUUGGAUUUGCUUGACGAUGACACAGUGCAGUCAAUUGUAUCAAUGUUUGCCAAUGAGGAAGCAACAAGUCCCGUGUCUGUCGGUAACAAACGCCCAUUUGAAGUCUUUGAGAAGUCCUCAAAUACAUCAUCAAAAAAGAUUUGCCUGCAUUCGACUUCAAGCAAUCCUCCAACUCAAAAGAAAUUUGAUUUCACAACAAAAACUACAGACUUCAAGGAGGAAUCAAAGGCAUCUAUUGUAGCCAGCUUAGCAGCAAAGGUAUCUGGAAGUGACAAUUUGAAGCAACGGACAAGUUUAUUGUUACCACCCAGGUUGAAGCAAAAGAAGUUGCCAAACUUGAACUUUUGCCCACCAAGCAAGCAGGACAAUAUUGAGUUGAGUAUAAUUUCUCAGCCAGAGAAGCAGCACAGAGCAAGGUACCUAACAGAAGGUAGCAGAGGUUGUGUCAAAGAUGAAAGCCAGCUUGAUUUCCCAGCUGUAAAGCUGACAGGCUGGUUAGAGCCAGUCACUCUGCAAGUGUUUGUGGGAACAGAUCAACAAAAAGUAAAACCACAUGGAUAUUACCAAGCUUGUAAAGUGUAUGGCAGGACUACAACUCCAUGCAAUGAGGAAGAUGUUGAUGGUACAACAGUAAUUGAAAUUGCUUGGGAACCCAAUAAUGACAAGAUGGAGAUGUUUAUUGAUUGUGUUGGUAUUCUGAAGUUGAGAAACGCAGAUGUUGAAAAGAGAAUAGGUCUUGCAAGGUGCAAGAGGAAAAGCACAAAUGUGAGAUUGGUGUUCCGUGUCAACAUUCCUCAACCGGAUGGAAGCAUCCUGACCCUUCAAACUGCAUCCAGAUCCAUCUCAUGCACUCAGCCACAGGGGCAUCCUGAAAUCUCUAAGAGGAGUUGCAGCUCUUGCUCUGUAAAGGGUGGUGAGGAUCUUUUCAUCAUCGGUAAAAAUUUCCUUAACAAGGUAACGGAGGUAAAAAUUCAGGAAAGACAUCCUAAUGGAACACUGAUAUGGGAAGCAGACUGUGAGGUUGACAAGUCCUUAUUUCAUGGAACUCAUAUCGUGUGCACCAUUCCACCAUAUAAAGAUCAAGAGGUUGAAAAUGAUGUUGAGACAGUAAUGAUGGUAACUACUGGGCCUGGUAAAUGCAGUGAGCUGCAUCCUUUUACUUACACCCCUCGUCCAGAAAGUGAACGGAAGCCACAAACAUUCACUUCAUCUCUGACACAGUCACUGAGUAGUUCAUUAGUGUACGAUAACGAACAAGUACUGAAGAAUAUUUCGGUGAACAGUUCAGUGAACGACCUUACGAGUCUAGUGACUGACAAACUACAGAUGCCCAUCAAUCAACCUGGAUCUCUCACCACAAGCUUAUCGACACCGUCAACGAUUCAGACACCGUUCGAAUUGUCAUUAUUCAUUGCUUCCCAGCAAUAUGUGGACCAACCCAGCCUGACGACCCAGUUACAGAUGAAUGAAGGCUUUAACGGGUACCAACCACAAGUAAAUGAAGGUGAGAAUGAAAGGUUGCCUGAAGGCAUGACAGAUGUAACAAGAAUUGAUGGCAAGAUUGAAACGUUGCCUGAUGGCUUGACAGAUGUAACAAGAUAUCUGGAGAAUAAACCCUUUGACGAAUUCAAAAUGAUUAUGGACAACAUCAGUGUGCCAUCCAAUGAUAUGACCUCCUACCCUAAACAAAUUGAUGAACACUGGGGUGCCACUGGCCAAAAUUCCUGCAUCACGAUAGAAGAUGUUGCUGAGGUUCUUGGGAUUGGAAGUUCACACUGAUCUGACAAGGUUUACAAUUACUGUACAAAUGUAUAUAAACAUACUCCUAUUCAUACACAAGAAAUAUUUUGUUAUAUCUGUUGUAAAUAACUGUAAAAAAAAAUAUUUGUAGUAAAGUAUAAAGGUGUUUUGCAAAAAUAUCUUAUUUAUAUACGUGGAAUAUUUCACGCUAAAUUAAAAAGCAUUGAUUGUUAAUUCCUUUUGUGGGAAUAGUUAAAAAUUAAAGCUAGUUUUAUAGCUUUAGUUUGCUCCAGAGUACCUUGAUGUUUAAAAAUAGUCAACAUAUUAAUCAGCUGAUUUUUUGAUUAUUUAACUGGACAAAUACCUAUUUCAUUGGGUUUUUAUGUUUCAUCUACUUGCCAUUAAUUUAAAAAAUAUGAACUAUAAUCCUGUAAUAAAUUAGUAUCUGGAUUAGAUUGUAUUGAGAAUACAAGUAACUUGCUUUGAGACUUAAGCGUUUGCAUCUAACAAAUGCAUAAACAUCUUAACUGUAUUUAUUAGUGGUGCAAUUUAAGUAGCAUGCUUGUUAAAUUAGACAAUGUUUUUGAGUUGGAGUGAGUCUUUAGAAUUGUGAUAUUAUAAUUCCAGAAUUGUUCCUAAUUCCUAAUGUUGUUUAAACUUAAAAACAUGCCAGCUUAUAUAUGAGCAUUGUUUAUACAUUGCAGUUAAAUGGACUGAAGUAUGAUUUGAUAAUACAAACCUGUUUGAUAGCCCAAGUAGUAGUUAGCCCAAAUUAUAUACAUGUACUACACUAAUUGGCACACAGCCAUUUGGAUCACUUUUGAUGUACAGUAUACAAACCAUGCAGUGCAAUAAGAUUGUGGUAUGUACAUCUGUAUCUGCUCACAACAUCUUGGGCUGGACUUGUACAGAAUAUCGAUUCAAUCUAUUUGGAAAGCAAAUUAAACUAGACUUUAGUUUAUUGAGAAAUGCCUUUUCAUUUUAAAUUUUUUUUAAAUGUUUUUUAUUACAAAAUGAUAAUAAAAAUUAAAAGAAAACAUAUUA